AAAUAAUGAAAGCAUCUCUUGUAUGCAUACUAAUUCUGACUGUGGCUGCAACUGAUUUUGAAUCAUUCUAGCAAGCCUUAGAGUUUGAUCCAUAAACAUUGUCAGGAGACAAUUGUGGAAAUGAUGAUCAAUUCACACAAUAAUAUGAGGCGUAUCUCUUAUUCAUAUGUUCAGGUUCUUACCAUGGAUUUAAUUACUUGAAGAAGGUGAAAUUGAAAUGUAAGAGGAUCACAGUGUACUUACUUAAGCUAGAGAUAAAAUUAAAUUAGUCAGAGAAUAUAUUUAAGAUUUGGAUGAAGGUAAUUUAAUCAUCUCAAUUUAGAACUCGAGUAAGAGAAAACUAAUAAUAAUAACAAUGUUGUUGAAUAACCUACACAAUAACCUACCUAACAACCUACUGGAUAAUCUGAACCAUAACCAGUUUAACCAGCAUAGGAAGUUUAAGAUGUUUAAGAGGAUGAUGAAGAAGAAGAGAAUGACGAUCCAUUUGGUUGGGGAGCUGGUGAAAUCCCAUAACAUUUAUUGGUUGAUAGCAAGAAAAAGCAUAAUAAAAAUCUUAAAGGACAUGCUUAAGUGUUGUUGGAAGUUAUGAAUAAGAGCAAAUCACUUAAAUAUAAAAGCGUAUUCCUUCCUCAUCUAUCAUAGAAAAUCAAGAGAAUUGUUGCUAUGGCUACUUCAUUGGAUACUGAUAUGGGAACAUAAGAUUUAUAAGAAAGAAAAAAACGUAAGUUAGAACUUUGCGAUUUGAUCUUGGAUGAAUUAAUCAACAUGAUUGAAUUCCUAGAGAAAGUUAUGAAUGACUAUGUACUCAUUAUUUAACUAUUUAUAGCAAUAUCAAUAAGAAGCCUAUGACAUUUUUAAAAAGAAAUAAGAAGAAAUCGUAGAAGUUGCUAAUGGAUGUGGAGCAAGAGUGAUCUCACUCUAAGACACUUAUUCAACCAGCUUUGUUUAGACUCAACCUUUAAAGAGAAACAAGAAAUAAAAUAAAGAACAAAAAAGAAAAAGAAAGCAUUGAAUGAUAAAUAAAUGAUACAU